AUGAGCAGUGAAGAAGAGAUGGAACUUGAACAAGAAAGUGAUGAUGUAGAAAUUGAUAGAGACAAUUGGGGAAAAAAUACAGAUGUUUAUUAUCAAAAGAAAAGGGACAAAGAACUAAAAAAUGAUGAAUUUAUUGAAGGAGAUGCAGAAGAAGCUCAACGUAUUCAGAAAGAGUUAUUAUCAAAUUUAAAAGUAAGUGAUUUUGGUGGUGAUGAAGAAUUUGAACAAUUAAUGAAAAAAACUAAAGAAGCACCACCUGAAGAAACUGAAGAAUUUCAGUUAAAGAAAUUUAAUGAAAUGAUUGAUUCAACAAAUGUACAAAUUGAAGGAAAUGAUGAAGAAAGAAUUAAGAUUAUUAAAGAAAUGUUUCCAGAAUUACUUCAAAGAAUUUUAUUAGCAAGUAAAAUUUCUUUUGAAAAAAGUAAAGAAGGAGGAGUUUUAGGGAAAUUUACUUCAUUAAGAGAAAAAGUAGAAAGUGGAUUAAUACUUAACGUGUUAAUAGAAAUAUUAUGUAAAGGUGAUGGAAGAGAAGAACAUCCGAUAGUUGAAACAUGUAAAACUUAUCAACAACUUUUUGAAAAUAUAGAAGAAACAACAAAGAAGAUUGGUAAACAAACUAUUAAAAGUUUUUAUGAUGGCACUUAUAAAGAAGAGUAUAAAGAAAGUGAAGAACAAAUUAAUGAAGAGGGAGAAGAAGAUACAGAAAUAAAAGGUAACAGUAGUCUAAAUGAAAUGAGUGAAGAAGAAGAUAAUAAGGAACAAAAAAUGGAAGAAAGUGAAGAAGAGGAAGAAGGAAUAAAUAUUAAUGAUAUGGAUAUGGAAGAUGCUCUUGGAGAUUUUGUCGAUGAAGAAGAAAUGAAAGAAAUCAAACAACGUCAAGAACUUCAAAAAGUAAAUCAACCAAAUAUUGAUGAAACAGAUAAAGCAAAUUGGAUAGAUAAUGAUGAUUUUGAUAGUGAUGAAGUUCAGUUAGAAGAAAAAUUAUUAGCUGAAUUAGCUUCAAAGAAACAGUCUCAAAGAAAAGCAAGUGGAGAAGAAGAUGUUAUUGUGAAAAAAACUACUACAUUAAUUAAACCAUCCAAAAAACAAUCAAAAAUAAAUCAAGAAGAUGAAGAAAUUAAAACCACUUCUUCUUUACAUAAAGAAAUAGAAAAUAAAAGGAAAUUAAGAUUAACAAAAGCACAAAAAGAAGAAAAAGAUAUUGACAAUUAUCAUAGACCUGUAGAUAAAGUUGUUGAACAUGGAAGAGGUUUAACACGAGGAAGAAAACCACAAAAUUCUAGAACUAAAAUGAGAGCAAAAUAUGAGAAAAGAACUAAAAAAAUUAAACAAACAAAUACUGAGAGUCAUAGUUUUAAUUAUAAAGGUGAAAAGAAGAUAGAAGAUGGUAAAAAACUUUCAAGAAAAUUAGAUUAUUAA